AUGUCAGGCGCAAUCGAGAUCCAGAAUCUCAAGAGCCGCGACCCCUUCGCCGAAGCCGACGAGGACUCGGGACAGACUACUCAAACCCAGGAGUAUAUCCAUAUUCGCAUUCAGCAGCGUAAUGGACGCAAGACCUUGACCACGGUGCAAGGUAUUCCAAGCAAGUUUGAUCACAAGAAGAUCCUUAAGGUCAUCAAGAAGGAGUUCGCUUGCAAUGGCACCAUCAUUAGUGACACCGAGUCCAAGGGUCUUGGCGAGGUGAUCCAGCUGCAGGGCGACCAUCGCAUCAAGAUCAAGGACUUCCUCGUCGACCCCGAGAAUGGUCUCGGCCUCGAUGAAAAGACCAUCAAGAUUCACGGCUUCUAA